UAUCAAAUAAGAUUGAAGAGAUGGGGAGAGGGAAGGUCGUGAUCAGGAGGAUCGAGAACUCAACUAGCAGGCAAGUGACUUUCUCCAAGCGAAGAAACGGAUUGCUCAAGAAGGCUAAGGAGCUAUCAGUACUUUGUGAUGCUGAAGUUGGACUAAUUAUUUUUUCGAGCACGGAAAAGCUAUCUGACUUUGCAAGCACCAGCAUGAAAUCAGUAAUCGAGAGGUACAACAACGUGAAAGAGGAACAUCAUCAGCUGUUGAAUCCUCCCUCGGAAGCCAAGUUUUGGGAAAGAGAAGUCGCAAGUUUGAGGAUACAGCUCCAGCACUUGCAAGAGAGUCACAGGAAGCUUUUGGGAGAAGGACUUUCUGGUUUGAGCAUCAAAGAUCUACAAAAUCUAGAAAAUCAACUCGAAAUGAGUUUGAAAACUAUCCGUGUGAAAAAGGACCAAAUUUUAUCAGCAGAAAUACAAGCACUAAACCUGAAGGUCGGUCAUCUUGGAAAAGCAUCCAAAAUUACUCAAAGUUUUUGUUAAAGUUUAUACAACUAAGUUGGUUUCCCGAUUAUUUGAUUACAGGAAAGU